AAACUACACAAUCAUCUCAAUUUGGCAAAGUCAAUUUACUCAAUCCAAUGGAUAAUUGUAGUAUUAAUAGUAGUAAUAGUGGUAUUAAUAAUAAUCAUAAUCAUAUUUCUAAUGGUACAACAUCACGUUCACGUAUCCUCACCUCGAAUAAAUUAACUUCUGAUCAAAUUAGUUUACCACAAAAUGAUUUUCGUCAUAUUGGUCAUGUUGGUUCAGAUGGUCGAACAUUUGGUGAUUUAGGCAUCGUCGGUAAAAUGAUCAAUUCGAAUGAUAAUCUCUCUGAUUCACAAUCAUUACAUAAUUUCAAUGGAAUUGAAGGAGAAAACCACAAAUACAAUAAUAAAUCGAAUACUUUACAAAUUAAUCCUUCAAAUAUUAAAAUGUAUCAAGAAAAAACACGUACAACAACAACAACAACAACAACCAAAAAACCCGUGGUUGAUUCAUUCAUCAGUCGGAAAUUUACCUCUUCAAAUAAAAAUGAUCAAAUAUCCAAUAAAUCUUUAACUACUAAUAAUAAUCACAAACAAUCUAUUACUGUCAACAUCAAUAAUAAUGAUACAGAUGUCGAUACAGAUACUGAUUUAUUAUUUGAUGAUUUGAAAUUUAAUGUAUUGUCUGAAUCAAAU